AGCUGGCAAAUCAUCGAUUUGAGCAUCAUGCGAACGGGGAGGGGCGCUUCAUUUACCUGCCACCCCUUCAUCUCAAAGCAGCCCUCCUUCCUCGCAUGCCGCCACUCUUCACUCCUCUCCUCCACUUCACCCACGCUGCCCGCAGCGCACGGUUGUUAGCGUUUUCUGCGCUCCGUGUGCGCUUCAACUUCAACCUCUCCACGCCCGUGCGGUCUCCAGAAGACCACCCCCCCUCCUCCACCUCCACCUCCUCCUCUUCCUCUCUCUCCUCCUCAUCCGUCGGACUUUUGACUUUUUAGAGCAGCUUUUCCUCCCACAGAGCAGUCGCCUAUUUUUGGAUCUCUCGCCGUGGAGCGCUGAAACAGGGAGGCUGUUCAACUUUUGAUGGAAAACAGGAGGUCGAGCGGCUGCUGACUUUGAAGGUGAUAGCGAGCUGAGGUGCUGAGGAUGAUGGACCAUCUCAGCGAGUCGUGUCUGGGCAAGGAGAACUCGGAUCUGGUCGUGGGCGGCCUGGCCGAAGCCAAGGCCCCGCCGGCCAAGCUGCCCCGGCUGGAGCAGAACGGCAGCCCCCUGGGCAGGGCCAGGCUGGGCAGCGCCGGAGCCAAGCUCGCCGGCGUCCCGUACAAACCCGCCGGCCACCUGCUGAAAGCCUGCCACAAGAGAGGCAACAUGCUGCCCGUGUUCUGCGUGGUCGAGCACUACGAGAACCCCAUGGACUUCGACAGCAAGGAGGAGCACGCCGAGUUCGUCCUGGUGCGCAAGGACAUGCUCUUCAACCAGCUCAUCGAGAUGGCCCUGCUGUCGCUGGGCUACUCGCACAGCUCCGCAGCUCAGGCCAAAGGUAUGAUUCAGGUGGGGAAGUGGAACCCCGUACCGCUGUCGUACGUGACAGACGCGCCGGACGCCACAGUGGCCGACAUGCUGCAGGACGUCUACCACGUGGUCACGCUUAAGAUCCAGCUGCACAGUUGUCCUAAGCUGGAGGACCUGCCGCCCGAGCAAUGGAGCCACUCUACAGUAAGAAACGCCCUCAAGGAGUUACUCAAAGACAUGAAUCAGAGCUCUCUGGCUAAAGAAUGCCCUUUAUCACAGAGUAUGAUUUCCUCCAUUGUGAACAGCACUUACUAU